AAUUUAAUCUUUUCUGGCCACACUGGCCUAGGUUAUCAGCGCUACUAUUUUUUAUUUCACAAUAAAGUUUACCAUAUAAACCAUUAAAGCCAUGCAGGCACCUCCACCGGAACAUUGUCCUGGAACGGAGAGCGAACAGGCGGGCAAGGUGAGCGCCUGUGCCGGCUGUCCCAACCAGAGCAUCUGCAGCGAUCCCAGCAAGAAAGUCGAAGAUCCCGGCAAGGCAUUGGUGGCAGAGUCACUGAAAGACGUGCGAAACAAGCUGCUGAUACUGUCGGGCAAGGGGGGUGUGGGGAAGAGCACGGUGACCAGCUUGCUGACCCGCUUCCUGGCCAGAAGUUGUCCGGAGAGCAACUUUGGUGUCCUGGACAUCGACAUCUGUGGUCCAUCGCAGCCCCGUUUGAUGGGCGCCUUGGGGGAGAACGUGCAUCAAUCUGGUUUUGGCUGGUCGCCCGUGGGAAUCGAUGACAAUGUGUGCCUUAUGUCCAUCGGAUUUCUACUUGGCUCCGUGGAUGAUGCCAUCAUUUGGCGUGGUCCCAAGAAGAACGGCAUGAUUCGACAGUUCUUGAGCGAGGUGGACUGGGGCAGUCUGGAUCUGCUGCUGCUGGACACUCCGCCUGGCACCUCCGAUGAGCACCUGUCGGUCGUUUCCUACCUGAAGGACGACAACAAGCCGGAAUCCCUUCGGGCCGUCGUCGUGACCACGCCGCAGGAGGUGGCUCUCCUCGAUGUACGCAAGGAGAUCAACUUUUGCAAGAAACAAAACAUACCCAUUGUGGGCGUGAUCGAGAACAUGAGCAGUUUCCGUUGCGGCAAUUGCGGAAACAGCUCGGAAAUCUUUCCAGCCAAAACCGGAGGAGCUGCAGCCAUGUGCGCCGAGAUGGGAGUGCCGCUGUUGGGCUCCUUGCCGCUGGAUCCCCAGGUAGCCAGAGCCUGCGACUCUGGCGAGGAUAUAACCGAUAUCAAAAACACCACCACUGAGGCGCUGGAAGGGAUUUGCUCUAGGAUUAUGGCUAGCUUUACUUAGUUAUGUAAAUAUCACAAAAUAUUUUCAAAUAAAAAACAUUGCCCAAA